AGUCGACAUGAUCGAUGUAGCUCCUGUAUAUGCGACGUUUCGACAUCGUCAGAGAAACAGUAGCUUAGCCAAGUCCUAUAAUAUGUCACUCUGAAUAGCCCUCCUUCAAUCUCAUUCUCAUUGCUACGAGGUGUCACUGACCGUGUUCGGCUGUCAAACAAUGAGUACAUCCACAAUGGUUUGAGCUACGAUUUACACCAAGGGCUGAUUAACAUUUUGAAGGCAACCUUGAGGGUCAAUCUAUAUUCAGAGGAAGUCGAAGAAGAUGGCGUCGACACUGAACUGCAUCGGUCUGUUUCUACUGCUGGGUCUAGCGUUGGUUCCAAAGUCCCACGCACAGCAAUGCACUGCAGUUGACGAAGAUGCGUUGUUGGUGUUCAAGGGUGAUUUUUACUGUAAUGACAUCAACAAUCCCAGCAUUCCCUGUCCACUCGAUAGUUGGGUUCCAGGCACAGAUUGCUGUCAAUGGAGCGGCAUCCAGUGCGAUGCGUCGCACAGAGUGAUAUCAAUUCUGUUAUCUGCUUAUUUCAGGCAGCCGAUGACCUUUCAGAUUACUCGUGCCGCUGAGCCUGCUGCGUUCGGAAGGUCACUGCCCAGGUUGACACAACUGCAGGAUCUAGAUUUCAGAUUUAUCAGCCUUAAUACUUACUUGCCUCCAGCAUGGGGAUCGAUCACGAAGCUCAGGACGCUGAAUCUCUACGCCAGCAGCAUCUAUGGCGAGAUCCCCAGGGAGUAUGGCAAGCUCAGCGAGCUGACCAGCUUCACGAUCGACACUCUUGCUCCGGGACUCUUCGGCUUCGGCUUGAGUGGCCAAGCAGGCAUCCCGAGGGAGCUUUGCAAGCUCAGCAAGCUCAAGACUUUCGUCAUGCGGUACCACCCCAAUCUCUCCGGAGGUAUUCCUAAUUGCAUCGACGGCUGGCGCAGCAUCGAGGAUUUCCAGUUCUUCAAUGGUGGAGACGAGAAUGGGCGCGAUUUCAGUCUGAAACAACCUGCAGCCACAGGUCUGACUGGUGUGCUCCCAGCUAGCCUCGGAAACCUCAAGAACCUCAGGGUGCUCAAUCUGGCCGCCAACAGCUUCGGAGGUGUCAUUCCCACCUCUUUGGGCUCCCUGACCUCACUGCAAACCAUCGAUUUGGCCAUGAAUCGACUCACUGGCAAGAUCCCAGUGGAAUUUGGCAACCUGAAGAAUUUGACCAUUCUUCGUCUGUACAAGAAUCGGCUGUAUGCCGAGAUUCCCACCUCGCUCGGAAACUCAAAGGCUCUCGAAGUGCUGGAUCUGGGAUCGAAUGGAUUAUACGGACCCAUUCCCGAUCGCAUGUACAAUCUCCCGAAAGUGCGCCUUCUUCGAUUGGAUGACAACAGGUUCUGGGGUCCUCUUCCUCGAGGUGACUACUUGGGUCGCGAUCUGUCCAUACAACUGGUGAUGAAUGUGUCGUGGAACUUCCUCGAUGGGCCUCUGAACUUCCGUCAGCUGCCGAAGAACAUUGCAGAGCUGCGCAUGUCGACCCAGAACGGGCGCAUGGCCUUCACUGGCCUGUCUCCCACCAUCAGCGUGCUGCAGAGCCUCAGAGUGCUGGACCUUUCUCAGAACCAGCUGACGGGAAAGCUCCCUUCCACGUUCAAUGAUAUGCCGAACCUGCAGGAGGUGAAUCUUUCCAUCAACGACUUCGAGGGCCAGGUUCCCAACCGACUCAAAGUCAUCAAUGCUGAUCUGUCCGGCAAUCCACGCCUGGUCAUGUAAAUGCCAGUGCUCUUGGUAUCCAUCUCCAUACAUUCCACCGUCGUCGUGUCAUGGCGACAAGCACGUUGUGGUGGAAUCAGCCGGCGACGGCAACCUGGCAAGCAAUGGCUUGCGACACUGACAUGAUCUCAGAUUGUAGUUCUCUAAACUCGAUCAUAAAUGUGAAGUACAUCAAAAAGCAUCUUCGUAUUCGCAGUCUCGUUGUGAAUGUUACUUCCAGGGGAUGAUAUUAUUUUGUCAAGGUUUUUGUUUAUUCCACGCAUCAUGAGCAAGUCACAUGGUCUCAUAGAUGGUCACUC